AGAUAAUUUCUUUGACAAAUUCAUUAAAUUGUAGUUCACGUCAAAACAAAUUCAGUUGAUUUGAUCUUGAUAAUUAAUCAUUUUAAUUGUUUACAUUAAUGAUAUUAUUUAUUUCAUUUGUGAAUUAAUAGAGUGAAAUUUUCAAUAAUUUCACUCCAGUGUGUAUUUAUGAACACCAAUAUUGUUACAAACAAGAGAAUGUCUGGAAAAACAGUCAUUAAAGGCAAUCCCUCAGAAUAUGUGAAACUGAAUGUUGGUGGAACCCUGUACUAUACUACAAUAGGGACACUGACUAAACAUGAUACUAUGUUACGGGCUAUGUUCAGUGGGAGGAUGGAAGUCUUAGCCGAUUCAGACGGGUGGAUUCUGGUGGAUCGAUCUGGAAAACAUUUUGGAUCAAUAUUGAAUUAUUUGAGAGAUGGAAAUGUCACAUUACCCGAAUCUAGUAAAGAAAUUGCUGAAUUGCUUGCAGAGGCUAAGUACUACUGUAUUUCUGAACUAGUAGAUUGUUGCUCUCAAGCAUUAGCAAAAAAAGAAAAGGGAGAACAUGAACCCAUUUGUAAAGUACCUUUAAUUACUUCCCAUAAAGAAGAAGAAAUGCUCAUUAGUUCUACCACAAAACCAGCAAUUAAAUUAUUGAUCAAUAGACAUAAUAAUAAAUAUUCUUAUACCACUACAUCUGAUGAUAAUCUUUUGAAAAAUAUAGAACUGUUUGAUAAGUUAUCUCUCUGGUACAGUGAACGGGUUCUAUUUUUAAAAGAUGUUAUAAGUAAAAGUGAAAUUUGUUGUUGGGUAUUUUAUGGGCAUGGUAAGAAAGUUUCUGAAGUUUGUUGCACAUCUAUUGUCUAUGCUACAGAUAAAAAGCACACAAAAGUUGAGUGUCCUGAAGCUCGUAUUCUAGAAGAGACUCUUAAUAUAUUACUUUAUGAAAACAGAAAUGCACCUGAUGCAGAAUUGAUUCAAGUUACAUCUACUAGGGGAGCAUUAUCUGGAAUGUCUUCAUAUACAAGCGAUGAAGAAGAUGAGAGGUCAGGUCUAGAUCGACUACGCUCAUCUAAAUCUAAUAAUCCUAAUUAAAUAUUGUGUGAUGAACUGAAAAUGAAUAUAGUAUCUUAUUCAAUUUUUUCCUAUAAUUUUAAGAAAUCUAAUUGGAUAUCCAAAAGUAUAAAACUAUUUUAAUUGAAAUUUUUGCUAGUUUCCAUCUGCUUCCAAUCUAUUCUCUUUUGAGAAGCAAUUUUUGAGUAGUAUUAUUCAUAAUGUAUUUUUAUUGCUAACUUUGAAGGACAAAUAAAAAUAACGGACUUGUGAAAAUCUUUAGUAUUAUUGAAAAAAUGCAUAAAAAGCUGUUAUUUUUUUAUUGAAGUUAAGGAACGUAUGUAUAAUGUUAACAUAUUUAUCGAGUACUGUUAUAUAUAAAGUAUUCCAUUUUUUUGAAUGUGUAUUUGAUAUGUGAAUAUAUGGUUUCAUUUUGA